GGUUCCUGAGACUACUGGCUCAGCUUUCGUUGCUACACAUGAACAGAUGUGCUCGGUCUGGAGGGACCGAUUCAUUUCUCAAUGGAAAGCAACACCACCUUUAGGCUUUUAGUUCUCUUUUUCUGUGUAGGAUUCUCAGCCUCUGUGGACCAAAUAUUUGGAAGGAUGGAGAGGAGUUUCUUUGCAUUCUCUGACCAAGACUUGCUACAAAGAAAUGGCCGACGAUAUGAUGGCAGUGUGAAGCCAAAACUUAAUUUACAACAAAUAGCAUUUGCACAGAUUGUGAAUUACAAUGGAAGCAGCAAAGAGAGUUCAGAGAGAGAGUCUGUCAUCCACACUCACUACAGCCCUGUCAACAUCACAGUCAAUGGAAGCCAUUGUAUUCUUUUUUGGGCUAGAAGGAUCAUGAUUAGGUUUCAGAAUCACACACAGCUGGACCUAACAGACAAGACAUUUGGUGUUCAUGCCACCGUGGAUGUUGCAGAUUCAAACUGCAGUGAAGAAAAUGCAAUGCUUUCACUUAAUUUUGGUGACAUUGACAAUUUGAAGGGAUUUGUCAUCAGAUUCAUGCUGACCAACAGUUAUUACAAGCUGUCCAUUCAAAACUGGUUUACCUUACAUAGAAUCCAACUCAUUUACAACCAUUCUGUACAAGCAACGUUCAAUGCGACACAAAUACAUGCACCAGCGAGCUACUCCUAUCACUGUGAACAUGUUAGCAACUUGCAGAGGUAUGAUGCGCUCCUGACGCCCAGCUCCACAAAUGAUGCAGCCAAGCUCUGGGAAGUCACUUUUAUUGACUUUCAGAUUCAAGGAUUCAACAUUGAAGACGGGCAGUUUGCUUAUGCCAAAGACUGUGCAUCUAUGUUCCCGCCAGCAAUUCUGAUGGGCCUGGUGAUGUCUCUGAUUUUGCUUCUAGUUCUGGCCUAUGCUCUCCACAUGCUGAUACACUUGAAAUCCCUUGACAGGCAUUAUGAAUGCAAAGCUUCUCCUGCUUACUUCCCACAGAUGAAAGAUAUUGAUACGGUAGAUGAAAAAGAACCCCUGAGAAACAAUGGGAUUGAAGUAUAUGAACUUAGAAGUCAACAGUACUCAAAAAUCUAUAUUUAGCAGUUGUUGUUUUUUUGUUUUCCAUGGUUAGGCAGCAUACUAUUCCUGAGGAACUUUUGCAUCAUGUGGACUCAUGUUAGAAUUUUGAGCAUCUCAACUUUGAUUUAAAACAAGAUUUCUAGUCCACAUGGUUGUAAAGGGGGAAAAACGUGGAAGUGCUACAACAGUGUGUGUCCUAAUUUCUCAGAAAUUCAGAAGCAAAUCAAAAUAACACCAAUUUACAUUGUGUUUCCAAUAGCGUAAGUAAAGAGCAUGGUUUUAGAAGUGACAGUCUCAUGGUCAGGAACAUUUUAGACCCUUCAUAUUUAGUGUAUGGAAUCUAGAUGCCCAGAACACUCGGCUAACAAAAUGGGAACUUAUGACACUUCAAAAACUGCCAAGACUUCCACCCCAAAUGAGAGGAAAACAUCCCAGCCGAAGGUGCAUAGCAAAAAUUGAAGCUUGAUCAAGCUUCUUCAGAAACUAGCAAGCGAAGACUCUGCUCUUUUUUUUCUUUUUCUUUUUGCCAUGACAUGGGAAGACUGAACUACAGUUUUGCAUGAAGCGAAAUGACCUGCCCUACUUAGAGGCUGAUGAACAGAGAUUCUCUGGUGCUGAAAUGGCACCAAUCUUUGGGCAGAAGGAAACAGCUGCACUUGAUCUAAUGCAGACAUCCCUAACUUGGAGGCCCUCCAAAUGUUUUGGACUACAUUUCCCAUCAUUCCCAGCAAUGGUCAAGUAGUUACUUGUAGUCCAAAACGGUGGGAGGGAAUCAGCUUGGGGAAGGUUUAUCUUAAGUGCCCCAGUGAGCACUUUCUGCAACAUACAUAUGACUCCAAUUUCGAUGUAACAGAACAUGUUAAUUGCUGAUCAGCUGCCAAAUGAUGCGUACCUAUUAUUGUACCUGUUUGCAUUAUAGAAAAGUGAUAUUUCUGCUAAUCAGCAAAUGAUGUGCUGCUUCUAAAGAUGUUAUGCAAAUUGUGUCAGUUACAUCUCAGUGUUAUGCAGAUUUGCCGUGGAUCUCUUUAUCUUGUGAUGCUUUUCCAAGGGUGCCCUCAGCACUGAGCAAAUUUCUCACUUCUGUUGUAUCUCAAUUAAGUUAUCAGCACUUUCUUUUUUGAUGUUCCAUUCUAAUACUUAGCUAAAUGUUUUUUACUACAUGACUUCUCUGAUAAAUGAUCAAAGGAUA